UCUCAGCAGAUGCCACCAAGCUAGGAGGUGCAGCCCGCUGGACACAGGCAGAGGAUGGUUUUCUCUUGAGGUGCAUCAUGAUCUCGGUGCCAGAUGGACAGACCUCUGAAACCCCGGAGCCUUCAGUCACUGGUGAGGCCCCUGUGCUCUGUCACCGUCAGGAGACAUCUCCCAGUCCCAGAGCCAUGGCUGCCAAUCAGGAGGUCCAGUCAGGCCCCGAAGAGCGAGAGAGAGACUUCUGGCUGGCCCUGGAGAGCUCUGAGGUGGGCGUCAGGCGGCUGUGCCCUUCUCCCUCCUCCUCCCCUGAGAUCAGCCCUCCUGCCCUCUCCCUCCGCGAACCCACCCUCUCAUCCUUGCUUGAGGAGAUCAUGGCCACCAAGAGGGCGCUGCAGGCCCUUUCAGAGUCCUUGACGGACAUCAGGGUGGAGCUUUCUAAACUGGAGGAUGAAAUUGCCAAGGUCAAGAUGCGGAUGGAGAAGGAGGAGCCGAGACCGGACCAAGUGGGAGACCAUGGGAGGAGCGGAGCUGCUAAAGGAGAGCCUGCCUCUCCGGCUGCCCAGAAGCCGCUUGGCUGGGAGGAUGAGCUGGCCUCUUCUCCGAAACCCCGGCUGGGGAAGGUCCUCCUCUGGCAGACCUCCAGAGCGGCCCCUGCUGUCGGAGAACAGAUGGAAGAGGUGCAUAUUGUGAGGCCAAAGGAACCAGUCCCUGGGCAGGGGAGGAGGAAACCCAAGGCCCCCAAAGCGGCCCUCCGGCCCACCAGGAAAGAGGUGAACCUACACAUCCUACAGGACACUGGCCUGUCGAAGCAGAAAGAAAAGGAAAACCAGCAGGGUCCCGAAGGGAGCUCCAGCAUCGUCUCUGUUUCUGGUAUUGUGCUGGCAACUGAAAACGGUCUGAAGAAGUCUGACAAGGCCAUCACAGAGGCUGCUUUGGGUGAGCUGACCACAGCUCUGCAAGAAGGCAAAGCAGACAUGAAGGACAAGGUAUCAGAAAUAGUGGACGGUGUCUAUUUCCAGCUCAGCUGCAUCCCCGCCGGCAAUGCCAGGAGGGCAGCGUUGAAUGUUGUGAUCUCACUGGCUGGCGAGUACUCGGGGGACGUGGUCUCCAGCCUCUUGAAGUUCUCCCUCCCUUGUGACAGCCAUGUUUCGGAGAUGUGGAAGAGCCUCUGCACCAUCCCUGAAACCAGCACGAAAGUCAUGUGGCAUUUGCUCAGGGAGCUGAAGCAGAGACCCAGGUUCCAAGACAGCGGUGGCGGCGGCGGCGGCAGCAGCAGCAAUGGAGGCAGUGGCAGCUCCAGGGAUGGAGACUGGCUGGUUCCUCUGGCUGCAAUGAGAGCUCUGGGAGAAAUGUUUAAGAUCUUCACCUGCGUUGCUGCCAUGCGGGGUUUCUACCCCCUGGUAGUCCUGGUUCUUUUAACACACAUUCACUUCCUGGUGAGCCUUCCAGGAUGCAACCAUCACAACACACCCACUGGCAGGAAGCAGACCAGCCAACACAACACACCUUUGAUUACUGGACAAGUGAGAUUUGCAGUGGAAGCAUUAAAGACCCUGCUCGUCCAAGACAGAAAUGAAAUGGCCUUGCUCUGGAUGGAGAGAAUGGGCUGCUGGGACCUCCUCUCAAGCGCAGAAGGAUACUUGGAAGGGAUUCUUCUAAUGGCAAGAGUCCUCGUCACGCACACGAGACACCAUGUGACAGGGCUGUUGGCUGAGGUCAUCCCGAAACUCCGUGCUGAAGACGAGGAGAGGACUUUGACGGCCAGGGCUCUCUUCGCAGGGUUCCUCUACAGCAAGUCUGCGACCCAGCUGCUCCACCAGGAAAGCAUCCUCGCCAAGCUGCAAGAGUGGCAGACGGACUCACGGCCCACCGUUCGCUGGCUCAGCCUGCAUGGAUUUGGGAACAUGGCUCUGCACAGACAGAAGGUGAAGCAGCUGAAGGCGAUGGUCUCCAUGAUCCUGGAAGGUCUGAAAGAGCCCCAGGAGAGACCAGUGAGGGAGGUCCUCAAAGUCCUUGGAAAUAUCCUUAGCCACCACCAGGGCAGGAUGGAUGUCAGCUGGAUGUGCAUUCUCAUUGCAGAGAAGCUCCAGCCUCUCUUGGCAGAUGAGCGGGACCAGGUGAGGUCUUCUGCCAUUGGUCUGUUCGGAAAGCUCCUCCGUGGUCUAAGUCUGAGGCAUAAAUCUAGGAUGCAGGAGCAGGUCCUGAAAAAUAUGGUCCCUUUGCUUCUUCACCUUCAUGACAACAGCCAGGAGGUUGUUGAGCACUGUGAGUGGACCUUGGCCCGUUGCAAUGACUUCCUAGGAUGGAAACUCCUGGAGGAAAUAAUCAUCCUUGCCCAUUAUGACAGUCAGCAAGCCCUGGACAAAAUCUGCAAACGCCUUGUGCAGCGGUAUCCAGGCAGAACCCCAGCCUUCCUGUCUGACAGCAUGAACUAUCUGAAGAGCCCGAAGGCCCCUCUGAGGAGAGCAGCCAGCAUGAUCAUAGGAUUCCUUGUCUUUCACAUGGAUACCAGAAAUGUGAGUGCGGAAGAUCUGACUUCUCUGCUUAGUGGUCUUGGCCAUUUGGUGCAUGAUCCUGAGGCCACCAUCUCCAACGCAGCCUCCGUCUCCAUCCUGCAAGUGAGACAGGCAGAGAGGAACCCUCCCAUUCCUCCACUCCUGCGGGCGCUCAGGAGGGUGCUGUGCUGCCUUCCCAGCUGGGAGAGAGAGAAACCACAGUUUGAGGAUAGUCCCUUCAAGCGGAAGCAAUGCCUAGAAGUCUCUGAGGAGCUGGCAGGAUUUUCUUGCUGAAAAGAUAUUUGUUCAUCAUCCUUUGAAUGUUUUAAACUGGAAGCAUUUUAUUUGCAUUAAAAUGCCUUAUA